GAUAGUUAUUGGUCAAAUUACUGAUUGACAAAUUUAACAUUCAAACUAAAAUACUUUAAAAAAAAAAGUUGAAAAUCACGAUCUUAUACUUCGUGGUUGCAUGUUAGGUAAGAGUAGUAGAAUUGGAAUAACAAUACUCCCUUUGUUCCAUUAAAAUUGACCCAUUUGAUUACUUAUUGUAUUCAUUUAACUUUUUGAUUCAAAUGGGGCAAUUUUAGUGGGACGGAUGGAGUAGUUGAUUUCAAUAUACUUUGUAAUUUCGUAUGAGGGUAUUUUUUUCAAAAAAAAAAGGGGGGGCAAAAGGACAAAAGUAGAACAAGAAGGCAUUUUUAUUUUCCUAAAUGCAUAAACAAAUGGACAAAAAUAGAAUCAUAAAUGAUUGAUUAAAAAAGAAGUGUCUCAAGCUUUCUUAUCUUAUUCAUUCAGUGCCAAACUAGAAGCACUUAAUUGUCAAAAAAAAAAAAAAAAAAAAAACUUAUUAGUCUAGCACUCUAGCUUAGUUGUGUUUAAUUUUGACCAAAUCUAGCUCACAAGUCAUUCGGCUCGUAUCAGGUCGGGUUAAUAUUAAGAUUAAUAACACCCCCACCCGAUGACCCGAAUGACUUAUGAAUUAGUUGAUCAUACAAAUUUAAACUAAUUAAACACAUAAAAAAUACCGUUAAUUAGUAAUGAAAGUGGUGGUUAUCUCAACUAUAUCCACCAAUCAAAUACAGCUUUUUCAGUAUAUCUCUUCUUAACUCUAACUUAUUAAGCUUCUAGAUUAUCAGGGAUGCAGCCACGUCACACCCGCCGCCGAUCAUUAGAGAGAAAUGGAGAAAGAAGUACUAGUUCAAGUAGUGGUAAUGGUAAGAUGAGUUGGGCUGAGUUAUGUUGUUUGGGUUGCACCUGCCUGCAGCUGUUGUGGCCUAGAGUUGUUCUGCGUAAAUGGCUUAACAUCUCUUCCAAGGAUUCCGAUUACAGCGCCGAUACCGAUGUAGAAGAUAUUGAUGAUGAUGACGACGACAACGACGAUUUGUUUGGUUCUCUUGCUUCUGUUGACGAAGAAGACAACCUACCACGAUUGAGAAGGCGAAACUCUGAAACUUUCAGGGCUCAAUAUAUACAUACGAAGGAUAUCAGAGUAUGUGUUGGGACUUGGAAUGUCGGUGGAAAAUUUCCGCCUGAUGAUCUUGAUAUUGAGGAUUGGAUAAACAUCAAUGAACCAUCUGAUAUUUACGUGCUAGGUCUCCAGGAAAUUGUACCACUGAAUGCUGGUAACAUUUUUGGGGCUGAAGAUAAUCGACCAGCGUUGCAAUGGGAAAGUAUUAUUCGAGAUACACUUAGUAGAGUUACAGCUAAGAAGGGCUUUAAAAGCUACAGUGAUCCCCCUUCUCCAUCAAAGUUCAAGCCGUCAGAAGAUAUUCCUGAUAUAGAGGAUGAGAUAUCACUUGGUUCUGAUAGCGAAGGGGAGGAGGAAGUGUAUCCUGUGGAUGAGGAGCUCAAUGGAUUUUAUGAAGUUAGAGACAAACUGGUCAGUGGUGAUGGAAUGUAUAACGACCCUGGAGUUUCAAGAGGUGAUGAGAUUCCUUAUUCAGACGUUUGUGUAGAGAAGGAUUUGAAAAGGCAAACAGUACCCUCAAAGAGAUUUAAGAGAUUACAAAGCUUUCAGUCAGGUCCUCUGAACGCAGGUGAUGUAUUCGCCAUCAAUCCAAUGACAUCGAAAUUAACUAAGACAUUAAGUGGAACAGAAAGGAUUGGUUUAAGCUGGCCUGAGCCUCCCCUAGAUUUGUUAGCUCAACGUGUUUUGGAGAGACCGCUUAGUUUUAAGUCUGGAAAAUCUUGCAAGGUGUCUAAAUCAUUUAGGGCAUACAAUUCUUUUAAGAUAAACGGUGACUACAAGAUGUUACCAGAUGCUUCUACGGUUGCAGCACUUGACCUUGAAACACUUAUACGACGGAAAAGAAGACCAGAAUAUGUGAGGAUAGCAAGUAAGCAAAUGGUUGGAAUUUUCCUCACUAUAUGGGUUCGUAAAGAUUUGCGCAAACAUAUUCAGAACUUAAAGGUGUCUACCGUUGGUGUUGGUGUUAUGGGCUAUAUUGGUAAUAAGGGAGCAGUUUCUAUCAGCAUGUCGAUAUAUCAGACUCUUUUCUGCUUCAUAUGUACUCACCUGACAUCUGGGGAAAAGGAAGCUGACCAACUAAAACGGAAUGCUGAUGUGAAUGAAAUACACCGAAGAACAUAUUUUCGCACAGGUUCAGGUCUUGGAGUUCCUAAAAGCAUUUAUGAUCACGAAAGAAUAAUUUGGCUUGGGGAUUUGAACUAUCGCAUCAGUAUUUCAUAUGAUGACACACGGAAGCUAAUAUCUGAAAAAGAAUGGUCCAAAUUGGUCGAAUGUGAUCAGCUUGUGAAAGAGUUCAGAAAAGGUCAUGUAUUUGAUGGAUGGUCUGAAGGUAUAUUAAAAUUUCCACCGACUUACAAAUAUGAGAUGAAUUCUGACAAUUAUUAUGGAGAAGAUCUGAAAGUGGGGAGACGUAACCCAGCAUGGUGUGAUCGUGUCCUCUCAUUCGGAAAAGGAAUAAAGCAGCUCGAUUAUAGAAGAUGUGAACUUAUUUUUUCUGAUCAUCGACCUGUCACUGCAAUAUAUGAUAUUGAGGUGGAGGUGUUCUCUCCUAGAAAGUUACAGCUGGCCCUUACAUUUACUAAUGCAGAAGUGGAAAAUGAAGAUAUUGUGUUUGACCACAGAAUGAAUGCGGCAUUGAGCCACUUGAGACCGAAAGAGCAGGACAUGCCUGGUUUGGCUCGUUGACUUGGUGGGCCGCGUUUGAACUGGAUCCAGUGACUCGGUCUAUCUCGUGUGUACCAUUCGAGUGUUCAGCAUUCCUCGAUGGUAUAGUACAUUGCAGGUCGUUUCCUCCAUCGAUCUGUGAUACCUGUACAGGUUUUGACAAAUAGGCAAAAGCUUGAAUUUGAGAGUAUCAUCAUUCAUUAGACAUUGAUAUAAUUGUACAUUGAUGAAACAACCAUAUUAUGUGUAAAUUUUUGUCUAAAUCUAGGAUUCCAUAUAUUGUAAUCAUAGUUCACACUAUCAUUAUGCGGCUCUAGUUUUGUAUGUUCCUUAACAGCUCAGAGUUCAGAUGAAAUUUGCUCUUGCAGUUGGAUGAAUUAUGUAACUUGUAUGCCUAUGAUGUUCUAUGAAUAAGCAAUAAAUGCUAUCUUCAACUCUUCGUUGUCCCCAAAGGUGAAUCAUAUAUCACUUUUGUUGUCAAA